GCGCAACAGAUGAUGUCGAACAUGACGCCCGAACAGAUGGCGCAGAUGCAACGCAUGGCGGGGUCGAUGGGCCUCGGCGCGCCGCCGGGCGCGGCGGAGGCGAUGAAAAAUAUGACGGCGGAGGACAUGCGACGAGCGGCGCAAGAGAUGGGGAACAUGACGCCGGAACAGUUGAAGACGCAGUACGAACAGGCGCAGGGACACGCGAAAGCGAGCGCGGAUUAUCGAUACGCGGGGAGCGAGACGCUGAAGAAGGAGGGGAAUAAACUCGUGGGAGAGGGGAAACACGCGGAUGCGGUGGAGAAGUACGCGCGAGUGAAGGAAAACUUGAAGGAUGAUGUGAACGCGGCGGCGAAGACGCUGCGGUUGUCGUGCAUGUUGAACAUGGCGCUUUGUUUUAACAAGAUUGGGAAGCACGACGGGGCGAUUAGCGAGUGCACCGAGGCGCUCGAGCUCGAACCGCGGAGCUUGAAGGCGUACUAUCGACGCGGACAAGCGUACGUGGCGAAGGGUGAGCUCGAACAAGGUGUGAAUGAUUUGAUGCGGGCGAAUAAGCUCAGUCCUGGAGAUGAGACAGUGGCGGGAGAGCUCGAAGCAGCCGUCAAGCGCAUGGAAUCGCAAGGAUUAGCCGUGCCGGCCGCCGCGCCGGAAUUCGACCAUCCCGAGGCGGCGCCCACGACGAGCGCCGGCUCGAGCGGUAGUGCGAUGCCGGGGAUGCCUGGGAUGCCGACGCUCACGCCUGAUGUUCAAGCACAGCAAAUGUCGUCGAUGAUGGGCAACUUGUCCGACGAUCAAAUCGAGCAGAUGGCGGCGACGAAUCCCAUGAUGGCGGGCAUGGACCCGGAUCACGUGAAAAAGGCAGCGGGCAUGAUGAAGAACAUGAAGCCGGAGACUAUGCAAAGCAUGAUGAAGAUGGCGCAGAGCAUGGGCACGGAGGGCGGGAAAGGCUUCGACCCGAACGACCCCGAAAUGAUGUCCAAGAUGCAAAAGGAGUUGAACAACCCGGAGAUGCGCGAGGCCAUGGUUGAAAUGAUCCAGGGUAUGGAUUCGGAGUCUUUGAAGGAGAUGUCCAAGAGCAUGGGCAUGACGAUGGACGACGCGCAAGCUGAGCAAGCGGUCAACGCUCUCAAGAACAUUUCGCCAAAGACCAUGGAACGGAUGCUCUCAAUGGCUUCCGUCGCGGGCGGGAUCUACAGUCGAUUCAAGCGACCGAUCGAUUGGGCUAUGCGCAACAAGCGCACGGCGCUCAGCAUCUUUGUCGUGUUCACGGCCAUGGGGACGACGUACGUGCUGCGAUGGUGGCGUCGCCGCGGAGGAGCCGUGGAAGCGGCUGACAACCAAACCUCGACCUCAACGUUUUAA